GCCUCUGGUGCACACACACGUACAUUGUCCGAGCGAGCUGCCGCCGCCGCAGCGAGAGAGCGCCCGAGGGCUCGGUGCCAAUGCGGGGUGGGCGCUGCAAGCCGGGGGCUUCUCCACCACCCCGGUGGAAAGUUCACCUUCGCCUGGGCCCGCCGCACCAUUGAUCCCGAGCGGCCGCCGACGGGGAGGGAGGCAGGAUCUGCGGCUCUGGCCGGGAGGGGGGAUUUUUUUUUUUUUUGCCUUUUCCCUCCAAACUUUGUGUGCGCGCCUCCCGCAGAAGCCCCCUGCCCCUACCGAGGAUUUGCCUCUCCUCCGCUCUCUGCCGUGCAAGGAAAGCCGCCGGGGCUGGCGUGAGCGCUGGUAGUCUUUAAUGGACCAGUAAGGAGAGGUGUCUGUCCAACUGGUUUCUGGAAUUUGGAAGGGGCCUAAAAGGAGCCUGCAAGUGAGAGCAGCAGAGGUGCUGGCACCUGGUGAACACAGAAGUUGGCACCGAGCACACCAGUGCUGGUGUUGGUGCUGCUGGAGACCCUGAGCUGGGGUCAGCGGGAAGAUGACCGAGUAUAAGCUGGUGGUGGUUGGAGCAGGUGGCGUUGGGAAGAGCGCUUUGACAAUACAGCUUAUUCAAAACCAUUUUGUUGAUGAAUAUGACCCCACGAUAGAGGAUUCCUACAGAAAGCAGGUAGUCAUUGACGGAGAGACCUGUCUGUUAGACAUCUUGGACACGGCGGGUCAAGAGGAGUACAGCGCCAUGCGAGACCAAUACAUGCGGACGGGAGAGGGCUUCCUGUGCGUCUUCGCCAUUAACAAUACGAAAUCCUUUGAAGAUAUUCACCAGUACCGAGAGCAGAUCAAGAGAGUGAAGGAUUCAGACGAUGUCCCCAUGGUGCUGGUGGGAAACAAGUGUGAUCUUCCAGCCCGGACAGUGGAAACCCGGCAAGCACAGGACCUGGCCAGGAAUUACGGGAUCCCCUACAUAGAGACAUCAGCAAAAACCAGACAGGGUGUUGAAGACGCCUUCUAUACCUUAGUGCGGGAGAUCCGGCAGCACAAACUACGCAAGCUGAAUCCACCGGAUGAAAGUGGCCCAGGCUGCAUGAAUUGUAAAUGUGUGAUAUCAUGACCAAGUUGACCGGACCGUGACUUGGAGGGGUUUCCACUGUGCGGAGCACACGGACAGAGGUGAAACAAAAGAAGCAGCAAACGGAUUCGGGAGAAGAGUAUGGGGGAGGAGGGAGACCAGGAGGAGGGUAUCUUGAGCCCUGCACGGACUGUCUCAAACUUCAUCAAGGCCUGAAUGACAAGCGACUUUUUUCCCCCCUCCUUGUCUCCUUUUGCCUCCUCCUCUCCCAGCAACUGUACAAAGCCACAGAUUGAAUCACAGUAAAUUAUUAUUUGAUGGUCUCCACAAA